CACUUGAAGGGAGCUAUUCAAAUAAACUUUCAUCAUCUAAUGUCCUGCAGGAGCAGUUCUCUGAGGUUUUGGACGGCAUGUUCGAGGUGUUGGUCAAACCUCAGGAACACAUCAUAGACCAAGGAGACGAUGGAGACAAUUUCUACGUCAUAGAGAAGGGUGUUUAUGAUAUUUUGGUGGAGAAGGACGGAGUGAGUGUGUGUGUUGGAAAGUAUGACAACAAGGGCAGUUUUGGUGAGUUGGCUCUCAUGUACAACACGCCGCGGGCUGCCACAAUCGUUGCAACACAGGAAGGCGCCCUGUGGGGCCUGGAUCGAGCCACAUUUCACAGACUGAUUGUUAGAAAUAAUGCAAAGAAGAGGAGGAUGUAUGAGGCCUUCAUCGAGUGUGUUCCUCUUCUGAAGUUUCUUGAGCUCUCUGAGAGGAUGAAGAUUGUAGAUGUUUUGGGAGCACGAGUAUUCAAAGAUGGAGAGCUCAUUAUAAUGCAGGGGGAGGAGGCCGACUGUUUCUACAUUGUGGAAUCAGGAGAGGUGAAGAUCAUGAUAAAAAGCAAAACGAAGGCAGACCAGCAGGAUAACGCAGAGGUUGAGGUGGCUCGCUGCUCCAGAGGGCAGUAUUUUGGGGAGCUGGCACUGGUUACCAACAAACCUCGCGCAGCAUCAGUUUAUGCUGUUGGAGAAACCAAAUGUUUAGGUAAGACACCAGUGUUUGUAGUUCUUUGUGUCAGGAGUAACAGCACAUUAAUUUUUUGCAACUCAUUUUCACCUCAAAGAGACUGGCUGAAUACGGGACUCUGGUGCUGUUGAGAGUACGAGGGGCGGUGCUGAAGGCCAAAAUGGGAUGUAGCAGACACAAGAGCAAACACAGUAACUAAUUAAAGCUGCAAGCAGUGAUGAAAGGGCCCUCGCACCCCCAUGUAUGUUGCGGUACUGGUGAACUCCAGCUAAAGCGGUCGUUCGUUUCUGUGAAAGUUGGAUAAUGCACGCAGAGAGUUUGGACCCUUGAGUGAGAUAUUUGACAUGAUGUAGUACUUCCAGAGCCCACUAGAUAUAAAUUCCACGUCAUCUUGAUGUACG